AUGCCACCCUCCAAGACCAGCCACAGCAAGCCGUGCACCCUGUGUUCGACACCAAGGGACGUACUUGUCCGCUGCCAGAUCGAUGAGAGCGGCCAAUGGCACUUCGUCUGUCCGGGCUCCUGCUGGAAGCGUGUCUCUGGCGGUGUCAUCGAUGGUGACAACAGCGAGGAGCGUCAGUGGUACCGAUAUGGAGGCAUGUGGAAGAAUAAACAUGACGCCGUCAGCGCAAAGAAGCCCAGGAGCAAGAGGAACGUUGAGAAGACAGAAAUGAACACUGCCAUCAACAACACUACCGUGGACAGGCAUUCUCUGCCCCGUAUGGAUGGUGUGAUGGACGAGCAACAGCAGCAUGCGAUCAGCUCAGCAAUCCCACCAUGGCGCGAAGAUGGCAGGAAAUAUACCAAGAACGACCGAGUGGCGUACAACGGCGAGGUCUGGCUUGCUCGCAAGAGCCAUUUGAGUGUAGAAGGUGGCCGAACUCCUGACCAGGCACAUGCGCUGUGGAAGCAGGACACGGCCUUUGCAAACUCGCCAGGAUGA